AUGAAAUCGGACAACGAUUACGGCUUCCUGUGUCUUCCAAGCAAGGAGGAGCACGAACAGGAACCAGUCUACCGCGCACCUUCUCACUACAACCCUCUUCACACCUUUCAUCUUCCCACCGGCCAAGGACGGCACUACAAGCAACAAUAUGGCGACAUGUACUUUUUGCGACUGGCCAAGUUAAAGCCCAGUGUGGAACAAGUUGCGACGGACGCUUGGGAUGGACUCAUUAUUGCCGGAGAAAAAGUUCGACGCGUUGAUCGAGUGCUUGAUGUGCGACAGGGAGAGCUUUGCUGGGUGGCCGGUACGGUGUACAUGGAUUUGCCAAUGAAGCCGAACAUUCUGGACGACCUUACGAAGGAGAACUUCACCUCUGCACCCCCUCCCCGCCGCACCUACACCGACCCUCUCGAUCCCUCCGCGACCCAGAUUAUGUUGGAGGAUGAGUCGGGUCGCCUAAGACUUACUGGAAACUUCCUUCGGACUACUCAGCUGGCUACAGGCGCUAUUAUCGCCGCUCUGGGUACUGAAAACGCCAAUGGAGACUUUGAAGUCAUUGAUAUCAAGCUCCCAGAUCUGGCACCACAGCCUCAGCGAUGGGAGGGCACUUCACAGAUCAGAUCAGAUGCUGAAAAGCAAAGCGGCAAAAUUGCGUUCGUCAGUGGGCUGGGUAUUACAGGAACAUCAAGCGACACACUUACUUUGGAGCUAUUGACGGAUUACCUUCUGGGCUACACCGGUUUUUCGGGCCACGACAACGACAGCCCUUCCACCAGUUCCUCAAAAAUCACUCGCCUGAUUAUUGCAGGCAAUUCACUUGGCGCCAGUGUGACUAUUGAUGCUGCGGCUGGAUCUGACAAGACAGCUAUCGGAAAGAAGGCCGCGCCGAAAAAGUACGGAUAUGACGCCUCCGCAUACAAUUCGUCGCCCAUCACACAACUCGACAACUUCCUAGCAGAUAUUCUGCCUAGCAUUCCCGUGACGCUCAUGCCAGGUGACAAGGAUCCUGCCAACUUCUCUCUUCCCCAGCAGGGAAUCCAUCGCGCCAUGUUCCCGCAGGCCAGGGCGUACUCUGCACCCCCAGCUCGUGGCGAAGACAAGCCUGAAGUAGGUUGGUUUGACAGUGUCACCAACCCCUGGGAGGGCGACGUCGAGGGAUGGCGGGUAUGGGGAUGCAGUGGGCAGAACGUUGACGAUGUGCUCCGAUACCUCAACUUCGAGAGCACUGAGCUCAGCAUUGACGGAGAGACAGAUGACUCUGCGUCCCGUGUUCGAGUCAUGGAAGCCAUGCUUCGCUGGCGAUGCGGCGUUCCAACUGCGCCUGACACAAUCUGGUCAUAUCCAUUCCAGACGGACGAUCCAUUCGUUCUGGAAACCUGCCCGCACAUCUUUUUCGCUGGUAACCAGCCAUCAUUCAAGACUGCCACUAUUGAAGGCGAUGUCCCUCUACGUUUGGAUGAGGACACUGAUAUGAUGGACACCAACGAUAAAUCCGAUGGUGCCCGUGUGCGACUUCUUGCUAUUCCCAAAUUCAAUGAAACAGGCGAGUUGAUUCUAGUUGACACCGAGACCUUGGAGGUAGAGGUAGUCAAAUUCGGUGUUUUCAAGGGACAAGAAGAACAAAAGUGA